AUGGAUGGCGCUGGAGCGUCGGGCCCAUACCCGGCCGUCGCCGGCACCAGGGGCCUCGAGGGCUACGCCGCGACGAGUAGGAGGGCCGCCGCGGCGCCGCGAGGCGUCCAGUGCGGUAACGCAAACGAUCCUGGAGAAGCUGGCGGGAGCCCCGGGGAGAGUUCUCUUUUCUUUGUGAAGGGCAGGGCGCCCUGGAAUGGGUUCGCCCGAGAGAGGGGCCCGUGCCCUGGAAAGCGUCGCGGUUCCGGCGGCGUCCGGGCUGGGUCGGUCGGGCUGGGGUGCGAAGCGGGUCUGGGCACGUGCCGCGGCUGGUGGAGCAGCCGCCCCGUCCGCCCCCCCUCCUCCGCCGCCGGAAGCUCGGCGCGCGGCCCGUCCGUGGGGGUCCUCCCCCCCGGCCCUCGGGCCGGGGAACGGCAGGGGCUCUCGCGGGCGGUGUCCGCCGCCGGGCCCAGGGCGGAUUGGUCGGAGGGGUCGGGUAUGUCGGUGGUGGCGGCGACUCUGGACGCGCGCCGGGCCCUUCUCGCGGAUCUCCCCAGCUACGGCGUCCGCCGGGUCCCGUUCGCGCGGGCGCCGGCGGGUUGCCUCGGCUGGCGCCUAGCAGCUGGCUUAGAACUGGUGGACCUGGAGGGGCUAGCUGGCCGGAGAAGAGUCUCUCGGAACAUUGCCUUCCUGGCAACUUCGAAGAAGCUGGUUCUGAACCCAGCAGACUCCAAGGGGAGAGUGUUAUCUAAUGUUUGGGUUGACCUCAAGAAUGAGGGAAGAUGGGGGGAACCAAGAGUAGCAGCCUUGGAGCCCUUUAAAUUGGACAUGCUGGGCGCUCUGGAGACGGUGGAAAGUUCAAAAUAUAAGAUGGCAUCAAGGAUAAGGAAAGCCCUGGGCCUAUCUAAAUUACGGGCGAGAGAAGUGCACAUGGAGGGACAAGCCUUGGUGCGACUUCUGAGGAGGAGAUGGAGACCGGGAAAGCGGAUUUCGUGGUCGAGGAAAAGCCAGGCUGGGAGGGGUCCUUUGGGCUCCACCUCCUCCUGGAGGUACACACAAAAACGCUACACGGCUGAUAAAUCCCUGGUGAUUAAAGAAGUGCUACAGGGGAAGAAGGCCGCCUGUGGAGUUCCACUAAGGGAAAUCAGCACUUGCUAUGAUAAACUUUGGGGGCAAAGUGGAACAUACAAAGGCUUGGAGGAAUUUGGGGACCUCCCUAAAGCCGACAACUCUGGUCUUUACUCCCCAAUCUCGGCAACCGAAGUCAUAUCGGCCUUGAGGUCGGGCAAAAAGAACGGCAGCCCUGGACCGGACAAAAUUGGCCGUGCCCACCUUCUGGCCUUCGACCCCAAGGGUACCAAGCUUGCGCAAAUCUUUAACAAAUGGCUGGUAACGGGUGAAAUCCCACUUUGUCUGAAGGAGAGUGUCACAUCCCUUAUCCCCAAAGUGGAUGAUGAGGCUCGCCUCGUCUCACUUAAGAACUGGAGACCAAUCACACUUAGCUCAGUGAUUCUUAGGGUGUUCUCCAGUGUGAUUAACAAGAGGUUGACGGAGGCCUGCCCGGUCCACCCCAGACAGAGGGGCUUCAUAGCCUCCCCAGGCUGUGCUGAAAACGUGCUACUGCUGAAUUGCUUGAUAAAGGACGCGAGAGUCGGGAAAAGGCCACUCGCAGUGGUCUUCAUUGAUCUCCGGAGAGCCUUUGAUAUGAUUCCCCAUUCCCUAAUAAUCGAAAGCCUGAAUCGAAGGGGACUCGACCCAUCCCUGGUCAAGUUGAUUCAAAAUGCAUACUCGGGGGCCUUCACCAGGGUACGAGCCAAAGGCGGGUUGUCGAAACGCAUUGUGGUAAAGAGAGGGGUCAAACAAGGGGACCCUCUCUCCCCCACUCUUUUUAACCUAUCCUUGGAUCCGCUCCUCUACGCUCUGGACAAAGUUGGACAUGGAAUAUAUGUUACAGAAGAUCACAAGGUCACAGCAUUGGCUUAUGCUGAUGACUUGAUAUUACUGAGCGAGUCUUGGGAAGGUAUGGAGAGGAACCUUCAGAUCCUGGACUCUUUCAGUAUGCAAACUGGACUCGAUGCAAACCCGGAAAAGUGCUCCAGUUUCUGGCUCUCCUUCGAAAAGAGAAAGCCAGUACUCAACUGUUGUCCCCGAUGGUCGAUAGGAGGCGAAAAAGUUAAGAUGCUAUCCGCCUCUGACUCAGCCAAAUACCUGGGAAUGGAAUUUUCCCCGCUUAGGGGUCUUCUGACCCCCAACCUCGUUCCGAUGAUUGAAGAGGCGGUCGUAAAGCUCGACAAGGCCUCCCUCAGACCAAGCCAGAAGCUCCUGGCCCUAAGAACCUACGUGCUACCCAAAGUGACAUACCAAGCCAAUCUCUCGGAACUCAGUGUCGGUCAUCUUAAAAGGCUGGAUGGCCUUAUACGUUCCAUACUAAAGAAAUGGUUGGGUCUUCCCACCUUUGCAGCAAACGGCUUAUUCUACAGCAGGUUCAAAGACGGUGGCCUCAAUGUGGCGAGGCUUGAAAGAACGAUACCGAUCAUGCAGCUUAGAAGGGCUUCCAAGCUACUGUGUUCCUCGGACCCAUUGACCCACUCGGUUGCGGAGCUAAUAGACAUGGUAACAAGGAUCAAGAAACUUCAGAAAACCAUUGGGGGUGAAGUGGCAAGUUGCAAAGUGGACGAGGUUGCCCCAAGACUCCUUGCUUCCAAAAAACUGAAACUUGAGGAGCACAGGGCCUGGAUAAAGCUCAAGUGGCAGGGCAUGGGUGUGGAAUGCUUUCAGGACGACGCGAUCUCAAACGCCUGGCUGAGAGAUCCCCUGGCGUCGAGACUCAGCGAAUCCGACUUUAUAACGGCAUUAAGAUUGAGGUCAUCCACGGUACCGUGCUUGGGGACUCCCCUGAAUAGAGAUGGACCCAAGACAUGUCGCCUUUGCGGGAAGGGCGAUGAAACGCUCGUCCACAUUGUGAGCCUCUGCUCGGCCACUAAAAACCAAAGGAUGUCAAAUCAUAAUAACAUCUGUGAUAUUCUAGCGGCAAGGGCAAAAGAAAAAGGAUGGGUGGUCUUCAGGGAACGGCACCUAAGAUCACCAAAAUAUGGUUUGGCAGUCCCCGACAUAAUUGCCAUCAAAGGAGAGUUGGCGGUGAUCAUCGAUGUCGCCAUAUCUUUCGAAUCGUCCCUCUCGACGUUGCCAUCCAUGGAAAAGAAGAAAAAGACAAAGUACAUGCCUUUCCGGAAUGCCCUCAAGGGCGAAGAAAUUGGGGUGAAGACAGUUGAAACCAUGGGUUUCCCAAUGGGGGCCAGGGGGAAAUGGCAUAAAGGGAAUGAGUCAUCCCUGGAGCGACUCGGAUUCACCCCCUCUGAAUCGAAAGGACUCGCCCGUUACCUCUCCUUGAGAGCCCUGCAAGGAACUGUGCAGCCCAAGAGGUGCUUCUCGUCUCGGACCCCUAAAAGUCCUCCUCUUCUGAAAGAGGUAAGGAAGGUGUGA